CAAACAAAGCAGGCAACCAACAAACACUAAAACCAUCUUGAGUACAAACUAAGGAGAGAAAUAAUGGAUUCUAAGGAAUCAGUAGUAGAAGAAGUUUAUAAUAAUAGAAAUAAUAGCAGGCCUCAUGCUGUAUGCAUUCCCUAUCCAAGUCAAAGCCACAUCAAGGCAAUGCUGAAAUUAGCAAAGCUACUUCACCACAAGGGCCUCUACAUAACCUUUGUCAACACCGAAUUCAACCACAAUCGCUUCCUCAAGAACUCUCCCUCCUUCUCCUCCUCGCCGAGUUUCCGGUUCGAGACAAUUCCCGAUGGCCUGCCGCCGGCGGAUCAAGCACCGGAUUCGACCCAAGACAUACCUUCUCUUUGUGAUUCCACUAGAAAGAACUUCUUGGGUCCAUUCCUCGAGCUCCUCAACAAACUUGAAAAUCAAAGUAAGAGCAGGAGCAAGGAUAAUGUUCCUCCUCGUGUGAGUUGCAUUGUUAAUGAUGGAGUGAUGUCAUUUGCUAUCAAGGCAGCUCAACAGCUUGGAGUUCCUGUGGUUCAGUUCUUCACAGUUGCUGCAUGCACUGUUAUGGGCCUCAGCCAUUACCGCACUUUGCUUGACCAAGGAAUCGUACCUCUCAAAGAUGAGAAUAAUCUCACAAAUGGUUUUCUGGACACAAAAAUAGAAUGGGUUCCAGGAAUGAAAAAUCUUCGAUUUCGAGAUCUACCCACAUUCUGUAGGAUCACUGAUUCGAAUGAUAUUAUGUUUAAUUGGAUCUUGGAAGCUAUUGAAGAAGCUUCAAAAGCUUCAGCUACUGUUAUUCACACAUUUGAGGCAUUAGAAAGACAUGUUUUAGAAGCUCUAUCUUCCUCUUUGUCACUUCCAAAUAUAUAUCCAAUUGGACCUCUCCAACUUCUACUUGAUCAGAUACCAGAAGACCCUCUAAACUAUGUUCCCUACAGUCUUUGGAAGGAAGAACCUGAGUGCAUAAAAUGGCUUAGUACUCAAAAACCUAAUUCGGUGAUUUAUGCUAAUUUUGGAAGCAUUGCUGUCUUGACAAAGCAACAAGUGGUUGAAAUUGGUUGGGGUCUUGCAAAUAGCAAUCACCCUUUUUUGUGGGUGAUUAGGCCUGACCUGGUUAUAGGUGAAUCGGCCAAUCUCCCAUCUGAGUUUUUGGACCAGACCAAAGGAAGAAGCCUCAUUAUAAAUUGGUCCCCACAAGAGGAUGUGUUAAACCACCCCUCACUAGGGGGAUUUUUGACUCAUUGUGGUUGGAAUUCAAUUAUGGAGAGCUUGACUAGUGGGGUUCCUAUGAUUUGUUAUCCUUACUUUGCUGACCAACAAACCAACUGUUGGUUUGCAUGCAAUGAAUGGGGAGUUGCAUUGGAGAUUGAAAACGAGGUAAAGAGAGAUCAAGUGACGAAGCUGGUUAAAGAGUUACUCGAGGGAGAAAAGGGUAAGAAAAUGAAGAUUAAGGCAAUGGAAUGGAAGAAAUUGGCCCAAGAGGCCACUACUGCUCCACAUGGGAGUUCGUCUAGAAAUUUGGACGAUUUGCUCAAUCAAGUGCUCCUCCAGCAAAUUGAGUAAAGAUAUUCUUGCUUGAUAUAUUUUUUUAAUUGUUCAUUUCUGCAAUAUUUUAUGUAAUUGUUGGUGCAUGUGUUUUGUUAUGUAUAUGCACAUGAACCGAGUGCAAGGUGUGAGAGUUUUUAAUGCAGCUGGCUCCAGCAGUGCUGACGUGAGAGAAGGUAAUGCUUGUAUGAAUAAUGUCAGCACAUAAAUAUUAUAUGGGUGUGAUAUGAUAAUUUAAUUUA